CGCAAAGCACACUAUCGAUGGAAAACAUGAACAUCAUCGACAUAAAUGUCAUCAUCAAAAUGCGAUUAAUGAUAUGUUGUCGGAAUCCAAUGCAAUGAUAACCGCUAACAAGCCACAGCAGAUAACAAUAAUCGAUGAGAAAUGCAAAAAAAACAAUGUAGUCCUACAGGAUACUAUUCUGAAAACAACGUGCACAACGUCGGCGGAUAAAUUAAAAAAUAAUAUUGAUUCGCAGCAAGAAAAUUCUUUAAAUAAGAAGACAGAUUCCAACACGAUUUCAGAAAUUGAUAAGAAUGAUACCAAGUAUAAACUGAUGAAAUUCAAAACAUCUCAAAAACAGGAGAACAUAAGCAACAUCGAUACUAAUAAAAAAAUGCAGACUAAACAAAAUUUUGAUUGUAUGAAACACGAAGAAGUUGCAGUUCUUUCUCGAUGUCAGUCAAAUAAAGAUUGCGUGACAAUGAGCACAAACAAGCAAAUGGAUUUUCGUUAUGAUACAGGAAAACUAUUCACAAAGCGACAUGAUGGACUUAAAAAAAAAAACUAUCGAUUUCCUCAUGAUGCAAAAAGUUUUACUCAUGAUUGUUAUGAAAAUUCAUCGAUUACAAAUGAUCGGGUUAAACCAGUCUUAUUGCGAGUUGUAAACUGGUUUUUUGGUGGUUGCCCAGAGGCAUCAAAACGACACCGAGAAUAAAUUGACGAAGUCGAAAAGGAAGAAAUUUUCGAAUCUACCAACACGUGGCUCCUC